UAUUUUAAAGGCUUAAACCAAUCUUACAUGGAUCUUCAAUAAUAUAAGUCUCCCAAAGGGUUUAGAUUCAGAAGCACAAAAAAUAGCCUAGAGAAAUAAAACAUAGAUGAGCAUGGAAUUCUCAUCAUGCUACCUUCCUGAAGAAAUGAUGAUCGAAAUUCUUCUGAGGCUACCCAUCAAGUCUCUCCUUCAGUUCACCUCUGUUUCCAAAUAUUGGAACUCCCUUAUUAAACACAAUACCUUCAUCAAAGACCACCUCAAACUCACUUCAAACAGAAUCGCCAGGGAUGGCCCUUUGCUCCUUCUCAGGCAUUGCCCCAGAGAGCCCAAUGUAGAGCAGUAUUCUCUACAUUUAGACAACCACACCUUCCAAGAGUACUCAAAACCACAACUUACAGCUAAGAGCUUCAAUGAGUGUUUCCGAAUUGUGGGUUCCUGCAAUGGAUUAAUCCUCCUCUCAGACGAUUACCUGACCGAGACCAAUACCUUCGUUCUAUGGAACCCCUCAAUUCGAAAGUCCAUCACUCUUCCUAAACCUCAUAUCCGACACUCUGAAUACUAUACAGUUUAUGGGUUUGGGUUUGAUGCUAAGAAAGAUGAUUACAAGAUAGUGCAGUUGGUGUAUGAAGGUCACAACAGAGCUGGCCCUGAAGUUGUGCUCUACUCACUCAAUUCAGGGUCUUGGAAAGCCAUUACUGCAGCUUCUCCCAAGCAUGAGAUUGCUCCGACGAUGUGGUCUCAGGUUUUUGUUAAUGGGUUUAUCCAUUUCAUAGGGUAUUCUAAGAAAGGAGAAGCUUAUGACAAUGUUGUUUUGGGAUUUAAUGUGUGUGAAGAGGUUUUUCAUGAGAUUAAAAUGCCAAGGGACUUGGCUUCUGAGGUGCCAGACAUGGAACUCAUUGCAGUUAGUGGCAAGUCCCUUGCUCUGCAACACUAUGAUAGUAAACAUAAGUGUUGCAAUGUAUGGGUUAUGAGAGAGUAUGGUGUGGUGGAGUCAUGGACAAAGCAAUUCUCCAUUGAUUUUCUCACCCCGAACUUUCGGGUAACAAAGGUUUUGGGGUCUAGGAAGAAUGGUGAAUUUCUUUUAGAAACGUAUAAAGCAAAGAAGGGAGAGAUAGUCCUUCAUGAUCCCAAGAAAAACACAAAUGAGCAUCUUGGAAUUUAUACAGAUCCAGGGUACACAAGUCUUGAACAUUACAUGGAAAGUCUAGUUUUGCUUGAUAAAGCAACUUCAUUUGCAGAUUCCAUGGAGCAAGAAGAGGAAGAAUAAUUGAAAUCUGAUCAGUGUUUUUGAAUUGCACCCUCAGGGGUGCAGCUAUUUCAUAUGUUAACAAUACUAAAAGAUCGAUAUAUGUAAUAUUUUGUAUUACUGAAGUAAUGUUGAAUUAUAAUUUUUUAAAUGUUCAUGCUCUUGAAGCAUGUUGCUAUUACUGUCUUGAUAUCAUCUUUAAUGGCUUUUUAACACAUUUAAAGGACUUUCGAUCAACUACAUUUAGUAACAUAAUUAAAUGGAAAUGCUAACAUAAUUUGGCUUUUUAACACCCAUUUCUCCUUUUCAUUUUGUGGUGUAUUUCAUGAUUACCAAUCAUUUUUCUAGAUCACUUGCAAAAAACCAUAUGACAUAUAUACUGUCAUCAGUUAAAUUCACUGAUAAGGUACUUAAUAUUGUUUCACAUCAUGUAUGCAAACAAAUUUUAAGUUUGCAACCCUCUAGAAUAAAGUCUAUACCAGUAUUUGAAGUAGUACUUCGUAAUUGGCUAUAUUUCAAGCUUCUGAUGCAGUUUCUAGUUGCUAGCUACUGUUGUAUUUAUUAAAUUUAAGAGAAUAUUUUUCUUGAAUCCUGGACACAGAUGGAGAUAUGUUUAGUGAGUUUUGCUAGACAACAUAGUCAAGGAGAAAAAAAUUUGAGAGUUAUUGACAGAGUAAAACAAGCUUGAAUCAGAGUGCACCUUAAGUUCACCAUUGCAGUAUGAUGCUCUGAUUCGGGUACUAAGGAUAAUGUUGCUGAUAAUCUCAAGAUAUGUGUGCAGAUUUUUCUUAAAGCUGGGUUUUACCUUCUCUCUCUCUCUAUUUUUUUUUUUGGUUGCAGAUUGGUGGAACUUACCCAGGCAUUCUGAUUAUAAUCACCAAAUUUCUUAACCAAAGGUCAGAUCUUUCAGGCCUUUUCCUGAUGGUUUUUAGAAGGUAAAGAAGGUUAGUUCUUAGGACAAUGUGUGAAAGAUUUGUUAGGACAAGGGUGUUAAGGAAAGAACUUGGAAGUUUGAAACAGAGGAGAUGUUUUGAGUUUAGAAACAGAGGAGAUGGUUGUAAAUAACAGAGGAGCUGUGGUGACGUUGGUUAAUUCAUUACAUUACUACAAGGCUUAAUUGAUACAUAUAUAUAGAGACCAAGUCCACCGACAUGACAUAUGUGGUUAAUUACUAACCACUCACUAAUAGAUAAUUCUAGAACACACUACACAUGAUUAACUAAAAGAUUAUUCUAGAUUAAGACAUGUUCUACACAUAUGAUCUAGAUAGCUAGAGAUAGAUCUAGAAAAUUCCAAUGUGCAUUAGUUGAUCUAACAUUUCCUUUUCCCCGGAUGGUACAUUUUUAAUUUGUUCCAUCCUUUAUCUGAAGUAUUGUUUCAUCAUACGUUACUGCAGCUAGUUGUAACAUCAGUACAACAUGAAUGAAUCAUGCUGAUGUUGAAGGACAUUCUAUUAUGUGUGUCUUACUAAACUAGGAGUAGUUUCUAUUGUUGUAAUAGGAGAAGAUUGUUCUAAAUUCCUAGUUCUAAUUAGAAUACGAUUCUUUGUACUAAAAGAUUAUGUACUUUUAUCUUCUAUAUAUAGAGGCUCCUAUUAUCAAUGAAAGAAAACUAUUUUCGCAAUUCUCUCUACAAGCAAAGGAAUUCUUAAAGACGUUAUCAACACGAGCCAUAACCCUGAAUCAGAAGCCAAAAAUUCUUUUCUCUAAGCCAUGAAACCCUAGAACCCUACCCUAGGAUUUUCUCAUGUGCCAUGCACCACCUUCUUGCACGUUGCCACCACUUGCAUGCUACUUUGAAGAAGAUUACAAGAAAAACAAGAAAAUAAAGCAUCAAGAAACACCAAGUAAGUUUUAUGAUUAAAGUUCCUGCUUUUGAAUUUUAUUUCUUUAUCUUUUUCUUCGUGGACUUCCAAAUGAUAAUGCUAGAGAGUUUCCAUCGAAGACUUUCGAUGACUAUUACAUAUCAUUGGUGAUUGAUGUUAGGCAACAUAUUCUCAUGUACACACCUAAAUGGUCUCACGGAAAAGUCACCAUUAAAUGACUACAAUGGUAGCCUGGACAUUGGUAAUGCGCACCAAUAUUUCCGCUUGGGGUUAUGCAAUAUUGCAUGUAGAUAUGCUAAUUCGUCUACAACCCACUGCACUCCAACCUUUCUUUGUGUUACAGCUAGUGAUUGAGUGCGAGUCUGAUAUCUCAUACUUACGCAUAUUUUGACUGCAUGGUUUAUGUGCCAAUCGCGCUGCCACAAUGCAUCAAAAUGGGUCGUUAGCGACGAAUAGAUACGUAUUUGUGUUGGAUAUAAAUCUCCAAUAUAAGUCCGCCAUAUAAAACCCUUAACAGGUGAUCUCUUUACGGCUAGAUUUGCGGAUUGUCACUUUGAUGAGAUAAUCUUGCCGUCGUUAGAGGGAGAUUAGAACGUCGACUUUCAAUAGGAAAGACAGGAAUUGCCAUGGUCUGUCUUCAUUAUGUCUCAUCUCGAUUCCCUAAAAGUGAUGAGAUCAUAUAUAUCUGCUACAACACAUGCCUGCAAGGAAUGAUAUCCCCUCAAGAGGACAUGGCGCCACCCAGAGGAGCUGGGCACAACGCCGCUGCCAUGGUGAAGCCACAAGGUGGCAUAAUGGUGUCACAGGCCGUGAGUUCCGCUAGGGAGCAUAGGAGACCCAUAUUUCGAUGGAUUCUCACCCUAGGAAGCAGUGUUCUAAAAAACGGCCGCACAGGCCGCCUAGUCCAGCCCACCGAGGCGAGUAAUGGGUAAUCGGAGCUGUUAGGCGCACAUAAUUUAGGCGACUGGCUGGGCGGUGUUAUGAAUUAUGAUAGCCUACUAAAAUGAUAGUCUUCCUCUACUAAAGUCCUGGUGUUGACUAGGAAUAGCCUUUCUUCCUAUUUGUUUAUGUAUUGGUGAUACGCACCGUUUCAUUUACUGUUUAAACGUAUCGUUUUGUCAUCCUCGAUGAGGAGUACUGUUGCUUCGCGUGAUGAUGGUCACCUGUGUCCGAGUGACAUUUGUCAGUCAUGUCGACGUUUUCAGCUACGUAGCUGACCCUCUGUAACUACUCGAACAGGCUUGAUAAUACAAUUUUCCAUUUUCUUUCAAUUUCUACCUACUCUUCCUGAAUCCCAGAAGUUAGGGCUUAAAUCCUAACAGGCGGCUAGGCGGCUUUAGGCGUUUUUUUUUUUUUUUUUUUUUUUUAAGGUCUUUUCUUUCGAUCGCAAAACAGAUCGAUUCAUUCGAUCCCCAAAACAAACAGACCCAAGCCACCGCAGCCUCUGCUCCUUAGACUCCCUCUGGUCCGCGCCUCUGCCUCUAAACGGUUGCGGUCAUUUACUUCCAUGAUGAAUUUACUAUGUUAAAAGGAGUUGGACUCUUCACAAUUAUUCUUGGUGUGAGUUUAUUCAACUGGUACAUAAAGCUCUAAAUCAUUAGGAGUUGAUAUUUUGAAGCUACUGCCCGCGAGUCAGAAGGAAAAGCCACUUUAUAGGUUUUAGUAUAUACUGAGUGUUAUUGUUAGGAUAUGUACAUCUGGGUGUCAACUUCAGUAAUGGUUCAUUUGUUCCAUUACUUUUAGAAAGAGGAUGACUACAACUGCAAGCUGCUCAGAAUUUUGAAUCCCAUCAUGCUAGAUGGAUUGGGUUCAUUGCCGUUGAAUGUAUAUUACAAAUCAAUUGCACAUUGUAUCUGAAUAAAAAUUGAUUCGGGAGAAGUAUAUUAGAAUGCAUGCCAAUUUGGUGCUCAUCAUUCAUCAA